GUCCCGUAGACGAUCUUUGUCGUUAGCUGUGCCUCUCCGUGUCAACAUCAGGAGAUGAGCAAUAACAACCAGCGGCGUUUAGCUGCCAAACAAGUCGACUGACGUGUGUGUGUCGCCUGUCCCUGUGUGUGAGCACCUUGUGCAACCGUGACAAGAACCAGCCGAUCUGCAUUCAGGAGUGAUAACAGCACCAUCAGCUCUGAGUCUGACAUGCAAAUGGAGUAAUAAACCCCACUCAUGGAAACCCAGAGAAAGAGCUCUGGAGAUGACGAUGGUGGAGAGCGAGGCUUGCUCCACACCUGGAAGGGCUACUCCUGCAGUGUCACCCCAGAGAGGCUGCUCCUACCCCGGCCGAUCCUUCAGGUCGCUCUGGGCACACGACAUGGAGUUCUGCUGGUGGAAGGAGGGCAGGUGUACAGUUUUGGGGAGCUGCCAUGGAAGCAGAGUCAAGUCCCUGAGCCGACGAAACCCACCCUGGAGAGCGCUCUGAGCGGGCAGCGUGUGGUCGCUGUUGCAGCUGGAAGUUUCCACAACGGGGCAGUGACGGAGGAUGGUGGCGUCCACAUGUGGGGGGACAAUGGUGCGGGACAGUGUGGCCUGUCGGGCCUCAGCACCGUCCCCAACCCGACUCCGGUGGCUGUGGUGGAGACUGACACCAGCCCCCCGCAGACGGUGCCGGUGCUGGAGCUGGUCUGCGGGGAGCAGCACACCCUGGCGCUCUCUGUCCAGCGGGAGGUAUGGGCGUGGGGUAGCGAUUGCCAGCUGGGCCUCAACGCCAGCGUCUUUCCUGUCUGGAAACCACAAAAGGUUGAACACUUAGCAGGAAGGUAUGUUCUUCAGGUGGCUUGCGGGGCUUCACACAGUCUGGCUCUGGUUCGCUGCCUGGGCCCCCAGGACAUCCACCGACCCCCUGUGGACAAAUGCAGACAGUGUAACCAGCUGCUUUACACCAUGACAGACAAAGAGGACCACGUCAUCAUCUCUGACAGUCACUACUGCCCCCUCGGUGUGGAGUUGACUGAGGAUGAAGGGAGACUGGAGGCGCCUGCCCCCGCCCAAGGACUCAAAACAUCCCCAUCUGAGCCAGUCCUCCCCUCCCAUACUUCCACCUCAAACUCUGAUUCCUCAGCACCUCCUAAAAGUGCUGAGCACUCCUCUGACCCCACCCCCUUCCAGGACUUGGAGAAAGGCGAAUCAGCCGUGGCUAACGGAGUGCUGCAAGCCUCAGACUCUGACCACACGGCUCAGUACAGAGGCAGCAGCAGUGCCGUGUCUGUGGUCAAGAGUUCACUCUAUCCAGACGAACAGGCGGUCAAAGACUACCUGAAGAAGCUGACAGACAACACGCAGACAGACGCAAAGACGGCCGCUGGAGGACUGCACACGCUGCUGCCCUCAGCCGGAGGCCUUGCCUCCACCUCGAGCUCCGCGCUCAACAACCUGGUGGCCUCCUGCGCCUCUGCGGUGGGCGAGCGGGUCGCUUCCACCUACGAGGCCUUGUCUCUCAAAAAGAUGAUGAACUUCUACCUGCCCUCGGGUGUGUCGAGGUCAGGUGGGCCAGCGGGGAUUACCGGUACCGUCCCUGGAGUGGGCGAUAACAAAACCGAGCGCGUCCGCCAGGAGGAGUCCAUGCAGACCAAGAAGAGCUCCAGCACAGGAGACAUCCGCGAGGAGGAGGCAGAGGGUCUGCGGCGGCGCCUCUCGCUCCCAGGACUCCUCUCACAGGGUAGAUACGCUGUUCACCUCUUAUCAUCCUCCUAUUCUCUGCUGCUUUCCCCGCGGCUGCUGAGGAAAGCCGGUCGUCACAGGAUGCGCGCAGUCGCCCUCACUCCCCUGGGAGGGGCGGUCCCCGAGGCCCAGGAGGUACUGCCCACCCUGCAGACAGAGGUGUGGAGCUGGGGCCACGGCGACCACGGACAGCUGGGACAUGGAGACAACCUGGCCAGGUUACAGCCACUGUGCAUCAAGAGUUUGAAUAAUAAGGAGGUGGUGCGGGUGGCAGCCGGCGCUCAUCACUCCCUCGCUCUGACCGCUCAGUCUCAGGUGUUUUCAUGGGGCAGAAACAGCUCUGGUCAGCUCGGACACAUGGACUCACCCAGCACAGUCCCGCGCCUCGCAAAGCUAUCGGAGGGCAUCCGCGUGUGGGACGUGAGUGCUGGAGAGAGACACUCCCUCCUGCUUGCAGAUGGAGACUGCAUCCAGCCCAUCAUCUAUUACAGCGGACAGCAGGUGAAAGAGGGGGAUGAGGAGAGUCAGGCCAAGGAGCCAGGUCAGCAGGAAGAGCAAGAGGAAGAGGAGGAGCGGGCAAGAGGCUACACGCCACAGCCUGUACUACUACCCUUCUGCAUGAAUCUGGGUUACGUCAGCAGUGUGUUUGCCGGUGGCCGGCGAUGUGUGGCGCUCUCGGAUAGGAACGUGAUGGGCUUCAUCGCUAGCCUCCACGAGCUGGCCGCAGCAGAGAGGAAGUUCUACUGCAAGCUGUGUAAUGUCAAGACACAGAUAAUACGCCCCCUGCUGGAGCUCGAGUCUCUGAGCUCGGCCCUCGGACAGGUGACCCUAGGGCUUCUGCAGACGCUUGCGGGUCGCUUCAGCCUCCUGUGUCACCUGACCGGGCAACAUGCCACCAGCCUCACCGCCAACCUGCGCCGUGGCCGUGAUGUCAAAAGUCUUCUCAUCCUCGACCACACCAGCAUCUUCCUCGAUUCUUAUAAUGAGUUCUGCAACUGCCUGGGCAACUUCCAUGUAAUGGGCGGUUUCCAGGCCCUGACCAAGCCCUCGCUAGAUUUCUUUGGGAAGACUCCUGAGCUGCUGCAGAGGCUGUCGGAGUGCAGCGAGGAGAACCCCGCCAUGGCCGACCUCCUGGUGGCGCUCUUCUACCUCCCAACUCGCCACAUUCAUGAAUACGGCCGGCUGCUGCUGAAACUGGCCACAUGCUUCGAAGUGUGCUCCAGUGACUACCAGAAGCUGCAGGACAGCUGCUCCAGGUUCGAAGCUCUGGCCCUGCAGCUGAAGCGAAGACGAAAGGAGGCCGAGUACACGUUCCACUUCUGGAAGAGCUUCCCUGGCAAAAUGACGGUAAACUCGCUGAGUGACUCUCUGAGGAAGCCUCACCGCCGGCUGAUCUGCGAGAGCAGCAACAAGGCUCUGACCCUGCAGAACGCCGGCAGGUUUUCUGUCAACUGGUUCAUCCUUUUCAACGACGCUUUGGUCCACGCACAGGGCGUGGCGCCUUGUAAAAAUCUUUUCUCCACCCAUCACGUCUUCCCUUUGGCCACGCUGUGGGUGGAGCCCAUCCCAGAGGAGAACACUGGCACAUACAGUUUAAAGGUGAUCACACCAGAGGAGACCUUCACCCUGCUGGCCUCCUCUCCCAUGGAGAAGGCCAAGUGGCUUCGCUCCAUCAACCAGGCGGUGGACCAGGCCCUGAGUGGGGCCGGGCAGGACACGACGUCAGCCGGCUCGGGGUCAGGGCAAAAGCUGGAGCCUCCUAUCUCCAGGUCGGCCUCCUAUACUUUUUAUAAGGACGGGCGUCUGAAAGAGGCGAAGUACGAAGGUCGCUGGCUCGCUGGCAAACCCAACGGCAGGGGAGUGUUAAAAUGGCCAGAUGGGCGAAUAUACACAGGGGAGUUCAAGAAUGGACUUGAAGAUGGCUUUGGUGAGUUUGUCGCUCCCAAUAAAACGCUCAACAAGAACGAUCACUAUCAAGGUCAAUGGAAAGAUGGAAAGAUGCACGGCCUGGGGACAUACAGGUACGCCAGCGGUGAAGUUUACGACGGAUCCUUCCAGGACGGCAUGCGACACGGCCACGGCAUGCUGCGCAGCGGCAAGCUUAACACCUCCUCCCCCAGUGUCUUCAUCGGCCAGUGGCUGCAGGACAAGAAGACCGGCUAUGGAGUCUUUGACGAUAUCACAAAAGGAGAAAAGUACAUGGGCAUGUGGCAGGACCACCUGCGGCAGGGCACCGCGGUCGUCGUCACCCAGUUCGGCCUGUACUACGAAGGAGCCUUCAAAGAUAAUAAGAUGAUGGGCGCGGGGAUCCUUCUGUCAGAGGAUGACACAACGUAUGAGGGGGAAUUCUCAGACGACUGGACCCUCAACGGGAAGGGUGUGCUGACCAUGGCAAACGGUGACUACCUGGAGGGCUCCUUUGGUGGCGAAUGGGGCUCCGGCCUCAAGGUGACAGGGUCCUACUUCAAACCACACCUGUUCGACACCGACAAGGACAAGACCCCAGUUGUGAAGCUUGGGCGUCUGUGUGUGUGCGCGGAGGACAAGUGGCAGGCGGUGUUUGAGGAGUGUUGGAGUCAGCUGGGCUGCGAGGCCCCAGGCCAAGGAGAGCACUGGAAGGCCUGGGAGAACAUCGCCGUGGCUCUCACCACCAGCCGGCGACAGAUCCUGGACAGUCCGGAGAUGUUGUCUCGGAGUCACAGCAGAACCCUGGAGAGUCUGGAGGUCAUCCCACAACAUGAAGGACCCAUCACCAUGGAGAGAUAUUCCACCAUCCGCCUCUACCUCAUCAAGGCAUGUGACACCCCGCUGCACCCACUGGGCCGGCUGCUGGAGACGCUGGUGGCGGUCUACAGGAUGACCUACGUGGGUGUUGGAGCCAACCGACGACUCCUACCUCAGGCCGUCAACGAGAUCAAGUCUUACCUCAACCGCAUCUUCCAGAUCGUCAGGUUUCUGUUCCCAGACGUGCCAGAGGAGGGCGGUCUCAUUCCAGAGCCAACCACCAACCUCCAGGACAAGAAGGAGCCUGACUCCACUGAUGCCCCGAUGGAGUCACCCAAACCUGGCCGAGUGGUGAGCAGCUCGGCUCUGCUGCUUCCCGUCCUGCUGCCUCGUCUCUACCCGCCGCUCUUCACCCUCUACGCUCUGGACAAGGAGAGAGAGGACGACGUCUACUGGGAGUGUGUCCUCCGCCUCAACAAGCAGCCCGACCUUGCCCUCCUCGCCUUCCUGGGCGUCCAGCAAAAGUUUUGGCCUGUUUCCAUUCCUGUGUCCACGCUUGCAGUGGGGGAGAAGCAGCAGGUCCUCUCCAGCACCAAGGACGCCUGUUUUGCCUCUGCAGUGGAAACACUGCAGCAGAUCAGCACGACGUUCACCCCGUCUGACAAGCUGCAGGUGAUCCAGCUCACCUUCGAGGAGAUCACACAGGAGGUGCAGUCGCUGCUGAAGCAGGACUUCCUGUGGUCCAUGGACGACCUCUUCCCCGUCUUCCUCUACGUCGUGCUACGAGCUCGUAUCAGGAACCUGGGGUCAGAGGUCAGCCUGAUUGAAGACCUGAUGGACCCCUGCGUCCAGCAUGGAGAGCAUGGCAUCAUGUUCACCACACUCAAGGCCUGUUACUACCAGAUCCAGCAUGAGAAGAUCACUUAGCGCGGCGUUACUUCCUCAGUGAUCUGCAUGCUGCCGCCCCACCCCCCUCCCCAUCCUCACUGCCAAUCACAGGACCAGCCAGGCUUCAGGAUGACGGAUGUGUGCAGCGGCCAAUGGGAGGCAGAGGCUCAUAGGAACAGGUUUCUGACAGCUCCAUCUGCUGCUGUCAUGGAGACGGGAUCACCUCCCCCCUCUCUGACACACACAUACAAACACUCUUUAUCAGCCUCUCACCUGUGGAUCAUGAAGGUGUACAUGUGAAUAUUGUUGGUAUUUUACUACCAGAGAUAAACCACCUCAUCCCGUCCAUUAUAAAAUGUAAAAUAGGUUCACAGCAAAAAGACUGACCUCCUGUUGGAAAUCCUGAUAUGGGCUUUUUUCAGUGGUUACCUGGGAAAAAAGAAGAGGCUUAUAACAGUGUUUUUUUUUUUUUUUUACUUAAUGCCAAUGGGACUUGCAGAAACAUGAAGUUUAUAUUCUGUAAUUCCACUGACCUGGCACCUACAUGAAGAUACUGACGUAACAAAAACGGAUGCAAUCUCCUAAAAGCAUGUGGCUUGCAUGGGAUCUUGCAGUCCUGAAUGGCUGCCAUAGAAAAGCUCAGGGAAGCGGCUGCAUGCUGCUUUUUAGUUAACCACUUGUUGCAGUUUUCAGUUUUACAAGAGAAAAGAUGUAAAGCCUGAAGACUAACUGGUUAGUUUUGUAAAUGUACAGCUAGUUAACAACUCCACCUUUGGUUAAAAAGCAACGAAGAGCUGCUUCCUUUUGCUUUUCUAUGGACACUAUCUGGACCUGUCUCCAGUGUGGUGGAUUGGUCCCAAACUAAUUCACAGCAAGGUUUGAUAUUAUAUUUAUAAAAAAACAAAUCAUGUACAGCAUGCAGGGGGUAAAUGUAAACUGACUCUUAAUGACACUAAUAUUCUCCUUUUGCACCAGCUGCCAGUUGAAUACAGUUCAAAGUAGGUGGCAGCCAAUCAGCUACUCCAACUUUUCAUUUCAAGACGUAGUGUUGCUGGGAGAAGAGUAAGACCCAUUGCUGACAGUUUUAUUAUUAGACUGAUCAUCACCCUGACAUGUCUCUGAGGAUCCAGCUGCAGAAAUGUCAAAUGGCAGAACACAAGCUACAUGUAGAUUACUGACUUAAAAGCACAUGUUUUCCAAAUGGACUUUAAUGGUGAGAUGGACGUUUAGUUUACUGACUUGAAAAAGAAAGUACAUUUCAAAUGUACAACAUUUAAAAGGGCAGAAUCUAGAUACAAUGAAUAGAAGUGUUUUUCCAGACAAUCUGAAUGAUGUGUGUUUCUGAGCCCAGUUUUCAGUAUUAAUGAAUAUUGACAGAGUGCCUGCACUGCUCUGCAAAUUCUGAAAAAGUAUGGGGUUAAAACUGUGACGAAAAAAGUCAAAAACUGUAUCGAAACAUAUUGAUCUGUGAAUUUUUAAGAUAAACUGAAGUAUCCCUUUAAGUGUUGCCUCCUAAAGCUACAUAACGUGUUUAAAAACCCGUGUCUGAAAAAUGUAUCGUCAGAAACCCGGAAAACAGGAUUGUAGCUAUUGAAAAGCAGGAAAUGGACAGUUUACAGGAAAGCCGAUGACAUAUUUCUUUCCUCAUGUUGUAGAUUGUAGUGUUGUGGACAGCAAUCACCAGUGAAAAUAGAAGCAGUAAGGAGAUUUGAACCUGAAGCUCACCUUUUUCCCACUGACCUUCAAUACAAACUGGGUUUUGGGGUGAUUGAUGAAGCUUUGAGAGACGAUCAACAAGCUGAAAAUUUCCCUUAAACCUUCUGAAAACAAUCCUAAAACAAUGUUUAAAAUAAUUAAUACAAAAGGAUUUAACAUAAAACUCUUUUCUGUCACUGCUUUCUUGCUGCAGGUGAUGUUUUAGCAGAGGCCGGCCGUCGGCUCAGUGCAAACACUGUUAUUAUAGAUAUGAUAAAGUAUCGGCUCAAAGCCGAUUCUCUGUUAAUACUGACUGUUCUUUUUUUAAAGCGUUCACAGCACUAACUAAGUCAGACAUUGUUGCUUGUUUGUGAUUUGCGUCACACAUCAGUUUAUAAAAGGGCUUAAGAGAGGAUUCAGAGGAUGACCGAGCCUUUUUUUUUUUUUUUUUGUUAUUUAAUGUCAUGGCUUUUGUUUCCUCAGACGGUUUAACAAUAGAAAAGCUGUUGGAUCAGAGGCCGCUUUGCGAAGGAGUACAUUUAAGUGAAGCUGAAGGAUCUCAGAAAAUCAAACAACAGAAAAUCUAAUCUAAUGUUUAAAGCUGCUGUCGUUAACUACAACUGUUAAACGGUUUUAUGUGGACAAAUAUCAUUGGUAAAAAUCCAGAUGCCGUAGUGAAGCUUUUGCAGAUGAAUGGAAACAAAAAUGACUGAAAAAGUGUUUUAAACUGUUAUAAAUUUCAACAGCUAUUAUCUCUACGUUUGCAGCAAACAUCUCAGAGUGUAACCGUUUUAAAUCAGGCCUCUCUCUCACUUCUGUGACUGUGAUAACGCUCUUCUAUCACAGACCAUGAGUUACUGUUACUGCUGAGACCGUACGUGCCUGACACUCAAAAAACUGAAGCAAUAUUGUCUUUGUUAUAGAGAUCUUCACCCCCCCCCCCCCUCAAAAAAAAACAACUAUGGAUGCACUGUAGGAAAAGUGACUUUAUUUUGACGACCAGAGACAUUAAGUUUUGUUUUUUUGCACCUGACCUCUUCAGUAUAUCGUGUAGAUGUGAUGUAAUGCAACCUGAAGGACAAACAACUGACUUAAACCAAACUAGUAAUACAGAAUGGGGCGUUUUUGUUGGAACGGUUGAACCACAACUGACUCCUGUGUAUGAAUUUUAAAUCCAAACUGAACGGUUCUGUGUUUAAUGUUCAUAAACUCAUUUUGGGUUCAACUGACUGGUUCAUUCACUGACCUCAGCAGCUGUUUACUAUGAAAAGUACCUGCGUGUUGUGUAAAAAUAACUGUUGUAUCAGUGGAGUUUGGUGUUUCCUAGUUGACAUUUUUGUGUCUCAGCUGGCUGACGUGACACCCACCUGUGUGUCUUUUACAUGAUGUCAAAUGUAUUGUACCUUUUAAAUGAUGACAAAGGGCAAUAAACUCAGUUGAUGGACA